GAUGAAGUGAUUUUCACUCUUGAGACGUAAAUCGGAGGAUGGUGGGUUGCUUGAUGACUCUAUCCGCAGCGGAUCUCUCGGUUUCACCUCAGACCACCCAUAAAGCCAGACACUCGCAUAAAACUGAUUAUAUCCCUCCUCUUUCACUCACUCCCGUAUCUACCACCUCUCACCUCUCACCAUCACCACAAUACCCAUCCACCCAUCACCUCAAUCCCUUAAAAUGGCCUCCCCAACAAAAAUCAAACUAGCGGCCGCCCACUCCGCCCCCAUCUACAUGUCCAAAUCCGCCACCCUCGCCAAAGCCAUCAACCUCAUCCACGCCGCCGCGCGCGACGGCGUUUCGUUGCUUGUCUUUCCCGAGACCUACGUCCCCGGCUACCCUUACUUCAUCGAGUGCUACCCGCCGCUGAAACAAGUCGUUGCUCUGGCCAAGUAUGCCGAGGAGUCCGUCGUCGUCGAUGAAGAUCUUGAUGGGGUGGCGGAAGCCUGUAGGCAAACGGGCGUGUCGGUUGUGCUGGGUGUGUCGGAGCGGAUGAAGGGUGGCUAUACGUGUUUCAAUUCGCAGGUGUUUAUUGCGGGCGGGAGGGAAGGAGGGGGGGUGGUGGGAACGCAUAGGAAGUUGCAGCCUACCUAUGUGGAACGGGUUGUGUGGGCGCAGGGGGAUGGGUCGACGCUCAAAACUUGGGAUGGGCUUUUGCUAGGUGCAGGUGGUUCUGAAGCGGAAGGAAAGGAGAACAAGAACAAGAAGUGGAACGUAGGCGGCCUAGCCUGCUGGGAACACACCAUGCUCCUCGCCCGCCAGGCCCUGAUCACCCAGCAGGAACACGUGCAUGCGGCCGCGUGGCCGGCGCUGUCGACGAUGGCUGGGUUCGAGGGGAGUGCGGACAGCCAGAUCGAGGCGCUGAUGAAGUGCCAUGCGCUGACGGCGCAGUGUUUCGUGGUGGCGGCGAGCAACUAUGUGGAUGAGGCGUGUCUGGAGUGGAUGAGGGAGAAUAUUGGGGAGCAAGAGUUUGUGAAAAGGGGAGGAGGGUGGUCGGCGGUUAUUCACCCGUUUUGUAACGUGUUGGCGGGACCGGUUACUGGGGAGAAGGAGGAGCUGGUCACGGCGGAGGUGGACUUGAAGGAUUUGGGAAUGGUUAAGGUUUGGGUGGAUGCUGAUGGGCAUUAUGCUCGGCCGGAGAUUAUGCCGUUUGGGUGGGAUAAGGAGGCGUAUUGGAGGGAUGGGAAGGUGGAGGGGGAGGCUGGGAAGGGUCAGUCUCAGCUGAGGAAGCCUGAAGGAAAGGGGGGAAAGGAAGCCAAGAAGGCGUAACGGGUUGAAAACAGAAAAGGCGAAGUCGAAUAUUAUGGGAUGGGUAGUUGGAAAGGAAAAUAAUAUCGGGAUAUACAUAGUCACGGUGAGUUGGUAAG